AUGACUACUUACGACAAAGGGUCAAUUCCCGGUGUCCACCAAGAGCCGGGGCUGUGGAUUACAGGACUUGGUACACAGUAUCCUAGGCAUCUUCUGAGGCCAGAGAGCUUAGAAGCUUUCGCUGAGCGAUUCUACGAUUCCGAUAACGCUGGCAUGAGAAGACUGCUUGAGAUCAAUCGAAAUACUGGAAUUGAGACGCGAUCAGCGAUACUUGACUACAGCACGGAUCACGCUGCUGACAGCAUACCAACAUCUCUUGCGGAUAUGAAUCACCUCUUCCGUACUGCUGGUGUUGACAUGACCGUGAAAGCUUGCAAGAAGGCAAUUCACGAAUGGGCGGGGCGACCUGACGCUAUAACUCAUACCGUCGCUGUCGCCUGCACCAACCAAGGCAAUCCAGGAUAUGACGUUCUAGUCAACGAGAGACUUGGUUUGUCAACAUCAGUCGAGCGCAUACUCCUCCAGGGCGUUGGAUGUGCUGGUGGUCUGGCAAUUAUGCGAACAGCCGCUCAACUGGCUUGCGGAGCCACAAUGCGAGGUCGAGCUGCCAGGAUACUUUGUUUUGCGUGCGAACUCAGCACACCCAACAUUAAAUACGAGCUCGACGCUGUUGCGAGCUGUACUGAGACUUCACAGAUAAGCAUUGCAGCGGCCCUUUUCUCUGAUGCCGCAGCUGCGUUUGUCCUCUGUAAUGACUUGGGAUUGCAGAAUGGGAUCCAGCCGGUCCUAGAGCUGCUGGACUGGGGUCAUGCACUCAUCCCCGGGACAAGCAGUGAUCUGGAGUUUACUGCAGAAGACAGAGGCUAUCGUACCGUGCUUAGCAGAUCGGUCUCAAAUCAUGCUGUCUCGGCCAUCAAUUCAAUGUUUGAUCGAUUGCUGUCAAGACUGCGUACUCAGACGAGACAUGACAAGCUAGAUGUUGGCAAUCUUGACUGGGCGCUACAUCCUGGUGGUCGAGCGAUUAUAGAUGGAGUGCAGCGAGUGAUGAAUCUAAAGGAAGAACAGCUGCGUGCUACGCGUGAGAUUUACAGGCAUCGAGGAAACUCUUCGAGUCCAUCGGUCUUGGCGGUGCUUGAUGAGAAACGCUCGAUGAAUCCACAGGGAAAUUAUGUCAUCGCAGCUGCAUUUGGGCCGGGCAUGUCUGUGGAGAUGAGCUGCCUCAGAUACGUCCGAGUUGAACAGCGUUGCUGA